CUAUGAUGAUACAGUUGAAUUUAAUGAUAAGACGGACAAUCUGAUAAAACUGAUUUUAAUUGAAUUUGUUAAUUUUGAGUGGUAUAUGUUAAUUUACGCCAAAACGUUGAAAAAUCGUCACCAUUGGAAAUCAUUAUUAUUGAUAUGCUGGCUUUAAGUAAAGUUAAAAGUCCUUAUAAUAUUUUAUGGAAUAUUCCUCGAAAAUUAUUUCCAAAAAGUUUAUCAACAGUAUAUCUUAAUCUUAAUCCCAAACAUUUUCAGUAUUCAAUUGUUAAUUUUUCUUCAAGAAAUAUGGAAAAGAUCAAGAACCGUUUGGCUCUAGAAAGAUCGCCUUAUCUUUUACAGCAUGCAGAAAAUCCUGUAGAAUGGUAUCCAUGGGGCGAUGAAGCAUUUGAAAAAGCACGCGUUGAAGAUAAACUUAUUUUCUUGUCAGUUGGUUAUUCUACUUGUCAUUGGUGCCAUGUUAUGGAACAUGAGUCAUUUGAAAAUGAAGAUGUUGCUGCUGUUAUGAAUCAAUAUUAUAUAAAUAUAAAAGUUGAUCGUGAAGAACGACCCGAUGUGGAUCAGCUAUACAUGACUUUUGUUCAGGCAGCAACUGGUCAGGGAGGAUGGCCAAUGAGUGUAUUUUUAACACCUGAUUUGAAGCCAAUUGGUGGUGGAACUUAUUAUCCACCUAUUGAUGCAUAUGGACGUCCUGGGUUUAAAACUCUUCUUUUAAACAUGGCCAAAAAGUGGAAAAAAGAUUCAACAUCUAUGUUAGAAAACAGUUCAAAGUUAAUGAGAAUACUUGGUGAUACCACAACUUUUGAUAUACAACUUGGAACUGAGCUUUCUCAAAUCAUGAAACCUAACCCCAAAACAUGGAUUACUUGUUACUCACAAUUGCAAAGAAUUUAUGAUGAUGAUUGGGCUGGUUUUGGUAUGCCUCCUAAAUUUCCUCAACCAUCAAUUUUAGAUUUUUUAUUUCAUGUUUCCUACAAAACACCAAACUCAUCAGAGGGAAAAGAGAGUUUGAAUAUGGCAUUAGAAACUCUACAAAAAAUGGCUAUGGGUGGAAUACAUGAUCACAUUGGCCAAGGUUUUGCUAGGUAUUCUACAGAUGAAAAAUGGCAUGUACCACAUUUUGAAAAAAUGUUAUAUGAUCAAGCACAGUUAGCUGUUUCAUAUACUACAGCCUACCUAAUAACCAAACAUAAAAAAUAUUCAGAUAUAGUUCACGAUAUAUUGCAAUACGUCUGCAGAGAUUUAAGUCAUAAGCAAGGUGGAUUUUAUAGUGCUGAAGAUGCAGAUUCACUACCUACAGCUAACUCUUUUAAAAAACGCGAAGGAGCUUUUUGUACAUGGACACAAGAAGAAGUAAAAACUCUAUUGAACAAACCUUUACAAUCAAAAUCAGAAAUAAAACUUUCUGAUUUAUUUUGUUGGCAUUUUAGUGUUUUGCCUAAUGGUAAUGUUCGACCAGACUCGGAUCCUCAUGGAGAGUUAUUAAAUCAAAAUGUCUUAAUAGAGUUUAGAAGCAAAGAAAAUACUGCUAAAAAGUUUGAAAUAUCAGUGGAAAAUAUGGAGAAAGAACUGGUAAUUGCCAAGGCUAUAUUAUUUGAAGCCCGUAAAAAAAGACCACGUCCACAUUUAGACAAUAAAAUAAUAACUUCAUGGAAUGGAUUAAUGAUUACAGCAUAUGCAAAAGCUGCAUCUGCACUAAAUGUCGAAGAAUAUAAACAAAGAGCUAUUCAGGCAGCUGAAUUUCUUGAAACCUAUGCAUGGGACUCUAACACUAAUGUACUGUUGCGGUCAUGUUAUGUAAACGAGAAUGGGGAUAUUGCUGAUAUAAAAAAACCAAUCAAGGGUUUCCUUAAUGAUUAUGCUUUCCUCAUCCGAGGUCUUUUGGAUUUAUACGAGUGCACACUUCAAUCAAAAUGGUUACUAUGGGCAGAUAAACUACAAGAACAACAAGAUAAAUUGUUUUGGGACACAGAAAAAUUUGGGUACUAUUCUUCUUCCGACGAAGAUCCCAGUAUUAUAUUGCGUUUCAAAAAUGAUCAUGAUGGAGCUGAACCUUCAGGCAAUUCUAUAUCUGCAUUAAAUCUAUUAAGGUUAUCAAUAUUAACCGAAAAAUCAGAAUAUAGUUCUAAAAUAGAUUCUCUAUUUUUGAUAUUUGCUGGACGUUUAUCUAAUAAUUCAAGUACAUUACCAACAUUAGUAUCAGCACUUACUUUACAUUGUGAUUCAAUGAUUUCAGUAUACGUAACUGGUGAAUCGGAUGAUCCAGAAUUUAAAGCAUUAUUAUCUGUUAUCAGAAAUCGCUAUAGGCCAGAUCUUGUAUUAGCCCUCGCUGAAACAAACUCUUUAUCAGAUCUAGCUCGAGGUCUAGCACAAUCAGAAAAUGGAAAAGCAGCAGCCUAUGUAUGCAAAAAUAAUUCAUGCAAUUUACCCGUGUACAAUCCAAAUGAGUUAACUGCAUUAUUAGAUGAAAAAGCUUAAUAUUUUAGCAAAUAAAAUAUUUCAAAU